GUAGGAGAUUGCAGGUCACUCGAAUCAAUGUUGUGACAUUACAACCGAAGUUGGCAGAAGGAAAAUGGUUCAAAGCACUGUCAAAUAUAAAGUACUUCCAAGCGACGCACAAGAUGUAAACGAGAGCGACUUUGCAGAAGAGGACGAUGACGAAAUUACUAUACAUUUUCAGGCGCCCUUCAACCAGCAAAGAGGGAGAAGAAAAAGGGACACGUAUAUCAGGGUCAUGGUGGCCCUGAUUCUUCUAGGAAUAGUUUGUGGAUUUAUGGUGUUUGAGUGGAAUGGGUAUUGGUCUGAGGAACAUGAGCAUGAUCACCACUAUAACCAAGAUAUUGAUAAUGACGACAGUGACCAUAAUCACAAAGAGGGAGAUGAUCAUCAUAACCACCAGAGUCACACCCAUGAGCACAGUGAACCUCUGUACCACCAAGCUGCUGUCAUUACAGACUCAGAAGUCUGCUCUAGGAUGGGUAAAGAGCUUCUGGAGGCGAGAGGAAAUGUGGUAGAUGCUGCGAUUGCCGCUUUACUUUGCCUUGGAAUUGUCCACCCACACACUGCAGGAUUAGGUGGAGCGUUUUCAGCUAUUUUGUACAACCACACUCUGAAAUCAUUUAAAGCAAUACAUGAUACUUCUCAAAAAUUGCCUGCUUAUGCAGCUCCCUCGCUGUUGCAGGGCCUCAGAUUAUUACAUUCUAACUACGGACAUUUAGAAUGGAGUGCGCUUUUCGAAGGCGCUGCAAAACUUGCAAAAAAUUUCAGUAUCGAUGGAAUCCUCUCCAGGGCUUUGGAAACCCACAAAGACAAAAUACUCCAGUCAAAAUUGUGUGAUGUGUUUUGCCAUGCAGAUGGCCGCGUGAAAUCAGAGGGAGCAGAUGUCGCCAAUGGGAAGCUAUCGGAACUUUUGCUGAGCGUCGGGCAAAAUGUCUCCCAUUUCUCAGAAAUGCUGGCCGUAAAAUUGGCUCAAGACAUUUCUGAUGCCGAGAGACCCGCUUUUCUUGCUGCUGCUCGGGCCGGGACUGCAGAAAUCAAUGAACCCCUUAUUGUGAAACAGGAGAAAUACACCAUUCUGUCAGUCCCCUCCCAGCUCAAAGGCAUAAUGGUAUCCAGGAUAUUAGAUGCAGUCAGGGAGCAAAACCUCUCUUUUCAGAACAAUGGAGAACUUAAUGACACUGCCUCUUACAAUGCUCUCUUAAAUUUGGCAAACGAAUUCUUCAACACGAGUCAGAAUCAUUCUAACCUAAGAGAGCUAUUGGCAUUAAACACAUCAUGCAGUCACAUAGGGAUCCUUGAUAGUCACAACAAUUUUAUAGUCAUCUCUACCUCGCUCAACAGCACGUGGGGAUCUGGGCAAUACUUACCCCAAAGUGGAGUAAUUCUCAGUGAUUUUACCUCAGACAUCACUCAGCUACCUUAUUUUAGUUUUCCUCUAGUUGUGAAGAUAGAUGAGGAAGAUGAUGGUCACAGUGAUACUGGGCAUGAAGAAGAGGAACAUGAGAUGCAGUUGGUUGCUGUGACUGGAGGUCUUUCUGCUCUCUUUCAGUCUGUGGUUAUGAUAAGGAACCUGCUUGACUUUGACUUGUCUGCUCUGGAAACUGUGAACAGCCCUCUUCUCUAUAUAGAGCAGAGAGAGCCCAACUUUCUGUCUGGCUGCAUGUCUGUUGUCACAAAUAGCUUUGUGCUUUCAGAGGGAAAUGGACAGCUACAGGAGGUGGGCGAAUGUUCGGGACGCUUUUUGUCUAUGCUACUGCAGCUGAAAGCAGGACAUGUAGGAGUCUAUGGUGCACCUAUCACUGAGGUCCAUGCUGAUGGCAUAGACUGAGGGAAGAACACCUCCGCACUGGGUGUUAAACACAUUCGUAUUGCCAGUGGAGAAAUAUGAUCUAAUAUCCAAUUAUUGGCUUAUUUCUUCACAUACUAUAAUAUAUUGAAAUGGCACUUAAAAACCCUGCUCGCCGCCUUGAGGACAACGUCCGAAUGUGUAUUCAUUUUUCUGCUGUUUUAAACUUCAAAUUCUCUCUCCCUGAGUGAAGACCGAAGAACUUUACCUUGAGUUUACAUUUACAUUUAGUCAUUUAGCAGACGCUUUUAUCUAAAGUGACUUACAUAGAGUAAAAUAAAGGUGAAGUAACAGAUUCUUCUCAGCGAUUCCAUAUGUGACCCUUGACCACAAAACCAAUCUAUAGUAGCGCGUGAACAUUUGUAACAUUAGUAAUCGCCAAAAAUACAGUGAAUGGGUCAAAAUGAUCUAUUAUCGCAACUUUUUCAGUAUUAGGAUUUUUUUGCACCCUCAGAUUCCAGAGUUAGUCCUAAUAAACCAUACAUCUAUAGAAAGCUUAUUUAUUCAGUUGUCAGAUGAUUUAAAAAUCUCAAUUUUGAAGACUGGUUUUGUUGCCCAGGGUCACAUAUAAGAACAAUUUGGGUUCAGUAACUUUUUAUGAUCAUAUGAACCAUUUUGCACUAUAAAGGACCUUCUUCUAUAUAAGGUUUCUUUGAAACUUAAAGGUUGGAACCCUACAAUCGAAAAUGGUUGUUCUAUGGCAUUGUGUAGCAUCUUUAUUUUUGAGUAUAGCAAAAAUGUUAAUGUAUUUUUCAGAUGUUUAAUGUCUACUGUUUCCUUUUAAGAUUUAAUGACCAUUAAAAAAUGUUUUCUUUAAAUGCCCUUUUAUAUAUAUAUUUUUUCUUUACAGUGACUAUUUUGUAUUGAUCUUUUUCUGUUUGAUCCUGUAAAAGACUAUAAUGCGCACAAAAAGCAUAUAAGAUGAAUCGAUAUGAUAUUCAAAGGACUGCCACUUUGUUCCUCAUGUGUCACAAUCUGAACCCACUGUGAAAUAAACCAGCACUGUGGCUUGAAUAUCACUUUAAUAAAAAUCAAGCAUAUACAAACACAGAGAGUUUUUGAUCUAGUUUAGAUUCAUUUUAAAUGUUUAAUAUCCUUGUAAGUGUAAGUGUGUGCUUCUACAUGUUUGUUGCAUACAUCUUUAAGCUGUCUAUUUUGGUUGUAAUUUUUAAUCUUUGCAAACAUUGUAGAUGAUGUAUAUUUUGUCCAUUGUGAAUACUUUUGAAGAUUUUUGAUUGUAAAACAUGUGAUGGUCCAUCUUGCUUGACCUGAUUGGCCUGAAUUGUCAGCUUUGUUUUAGUUCUCCUGUAUUUGUUAAUAUGGUUGUUCACGCAGGAAGGAAUUAUUGAGCAAAAUAGAUACCUCAUUAUGUUUUUUAGAAUCUCUCAUAGUUGUUUAAAGCAGAUGUGUAAAUGUUUGAAUUUUCAAAUACGUCUGUCCCUGUUUAAACAGAGACGACUAAAAUCAUUUUUAGCUUUGUUCCUCAGGAAAGAAUCAUGGUUUUGUUUAAGCAAAACAUUGUCUUGUUUUUGCGGUUUAUUUAAGCAUCCUGAGCAGUCUGAUACAGCAAUAUUGGUAAUAUAAUCAUUAUAUUUUGCAUUGUCUUUGAUUAAAUUUUUGAGUUUCCCUACAAAAAUACUGUAACACUUUAAUGCAAGAUGAUGAAUGCAUAAAAUAUUUGUCACGUUUUUUUUUUAAGAUUUCACUAUUGAAUGCACUGAAUUUUAAAAGCAAAAGUAUCAAAAUAAAAAAAAUGA